AUGGAUAGAUUGAUCAGUUUAGAGCCAUCUAACAUGGUUGUAAUACGAAUCGAACACGGUCAAAAGUGUUCAGGUGAGCUGACUUUGAAAAACGUUAUGUACACCAUGCCCGUGGCUUUCCGGCUGCAACCGGUCAACAAGGCUCGUUACAUGGUCAAACCACAAUCCGGGAUUAUAUCUCCAUUAACAACUCUCACAGUUGAGAUCACUUAUGACUUCCAUCAGAAUUCAAGUCUCCCGACUUCGGUCCCUUACUGUGAUGACACGUUCUUGUUGCACAGUGUGGUGGUCCCCGGUGCAGCCAUGAAGAAUCCUUCAUCCACUCAUGAUUCGGUCCCUAAUGAUUGGUUUACCGCAAGAAAGAAGCAAGUAUUUGUUGAUAGUGGGAUUCGUGUCAUGUUUGUGGGGUCCGUAGUCAUGGCUAGCCUCGUGAAGAACGGAUCUAUAGAUGAAAUUAGAGAUGUUUUGGAGAAAAGUGAUCCAAAUUCGACAGCAGUUGACUCUGUCGAUAACGAAGGUCAACCACUGCUCCAUUUAGCAAUCGGUCAAAGCCGACCCGACCUGGUUCAACUCCUACUUGAGUUUGAACCAGAUAUCGAGGCGCGGAACCGGUUAGGUUCGACCCCACUCGAGGCGGCCGCCGCCUCAGGUGAGAGUUUAAUUGUGGAGCUAUUGCUGGCCCAUCGGGCCAGCACAGAGAGGUCGGAGACAUCCACAUGGGGGGCUAUCCACCUGGCGGCAGGUGGCGGACAUGUGGAUGUUCUCCGGCUUCUUUUACUUAAAGGCGCUGAUGUCAACAUGAUGACAAAAGAUGGGAACACGGGUUUACAUCUGGCGGUGGAGGAACGGAGGAGGGACUGCGCGCGGUUGUUGUUGGCUAGCGGUGCUCAGGUUAAUAUUCGAAACUCCGGCGAUGGUGACACCCCGUUGCAUAUUGCCGCCGCCCUUGGAGAUGAGUACAUGGUGAAGCUUCUGUUACAAAAGGGGGCUUAUAAAGACAUCAGAAACCAAACUAGGAAGACAGCGUAUGAGGUGGCAGCUGAACAGGGACACACGAAGCUUUUUGAUGCACUUGGGCUUGGUGACAGGUUGUGUGUGGCUGCAAGAAAAGGUGAGGUGAGAACCAUUAACAGGAUUCUUGAAAGUGGAGCUUUGAUCAAUGGUCAAGACCAGCAUGGUUGGACCGUGUUGCACCGGGCCUCGUUCAAGGGUCGAACCGAGGUGGUUAGGUUUUUGAUUGAGAAAGGAGUUGAUAUCAAUGUGAGAGAUGAAGAUGGUUACACAGCCUUGCAUUGUGCUGUUGAAUCUGGACAUGUGGAUGUGCUUGAAUUGUUGGUUAAGAAGGGUGCUGAUGUGGACGCGAGGACCAGUAAGGGUGUGACAGCUAUGCAGAUCGCGGAGUCGUUGAACUAUUCGGGGAUCAAAAGAGUUUUGAUUCAAGGAGGUGCAAGUAAGGAUGAAUUCACACAUGUUACUAAAAUUGCACCAGCAUUUGCAGGUAAAAAUGGCGGGAGGUCAGAGAAGGAUAUGGGGUCAAUGAAGAAGAGGAAUGCUAGAGCAAAAGCACUUCGUGAUAGCUUUGAUCUAUCUUCUACACCAUUGGCUGCCAUUUGA